AUGUCUAAGCCAAGCAUUCUCUUCGUCCUCACCUCGCACAACAAGCUCGGCGACACAGGCAAGCCCACUGGCUGGUACUUGCCAGAGCUCGCCCACCCCUACCACGUCCUACGCAACAAAGCCAACAUCACCGUCGCAUCCCCCAAGGGCGGUGAGGCUCCCCUCGACCCUGCAUCCGUUGAAGCCGCGAAAGACGAUGUAUCCGUCAACUUCCUCAAGAACGACGAGCAGGUCUGGAAGAAUACCCAGAAGCUGAGCGACUUCAAGGGAAAGGCGAAGGAGUUUGAUGCCAUCUUCUACGUUGGUGGUCAUGGACCUAUGUUCGAUCUUGUCGACGACGCGACGUCACAACAACUUAUCAGGGAGUUUUGGGAGGCGGACAAGAUCGUGUCAGCCGUAUGCCAUGCACCCGCUGUCUUCUACGACGCUAAGCUGAGCGACGGAAGUCUGCUUGUUGCUGGAAAGGAGGUUACCGCAUUCACAAACGCUGAGGAGGAGCAAGUGGGCUUGACCAAGGCUGUACCAUUCUUGCCUGAAGAUGCGCUGCAGAAGGCGAGCGGAGGCAAGUUUGUCAAGGCAGCGGAGCCCUGGGGCGAGAAGGUCGCCGUUUCUGGCCGAUUGAUCACCGGACAAAACCCGACGAGUGCCACAGCGGUCGGAGAGGCGAUCGCAAAGGCAUUGGGCAUUUAA